UUCAACGUUGUCCUCAUCUCACCAUUACGAACCUCCCAUUCUUGCAUCUUUCCUCACUACCUCCGCCCUCAUCCGUCAUGCCGAGGUCGCCGGAGGCGCAUCAUUCCAUGUCCAUCGAGGCGUUUACUCGCUCCCUCAUCCCCCCAAUGCCACCGACGCCUUGCGACUUCCCCCGCUUCGACUGGUCUACGGCGAUCUGGGUUCCUCCCGACCUCCAUUGUGAGUUCAUCACCCACGGCCUCUUCCAGCUGUGCGGCAAGUUUGCCUCGGUGGCCGUGAGAGAGGCCCUCGAUGGGCAGAGGAGUUGGGACGAUGUGGGUUCAAACGGCAUCCUUCUCGCGCUGGCGGACCUUAUGCUCGAGUGCCUCGACGCUUUGCGCCUCAAGCAUGUUGCGGAGGCCAUGCGGAUCGGCAGGCCUUCCUUCUCACCCCACGUGACAAUCGACACUUGGUACGCCGAGUGUCGCGCGGAAGCGGCGCGUAUCGUGAACAUCGCGCGCAGCGUCGUCCCCGCGAAGGCUUGGAGAUCCCUCGUCUCGGAAGAUGAUGCGAUCAAAGUAUGCCUUGACGUUGCCUGCGUCUCAUUCCAAGGGAUUCACGACUGCCUGGGCCAGCCUACCCCAGCCAUGACCGCGUCCCACCUCCGCCCCGCGACGUUCCUCGGCAAAUACGACGCUACCGCGGACCGCCUUGCCGAGUACGGUGUUGGUGUCAUCGAAGGCUCGAUCUCACCCGCCAGCUACGACGAGGACGCCCUCCUCGAAGAGGCCGCACAGUGGGCGAGCAAGCACCCGCUUCCUUACAGCUGGCCGAACCCCUUACGUGGACCGCCCAAGUACCGCGGUCUCAACGCCCCUCCAACUCGUCCGCCGCUCCAUCCGGAGCUACGGUGGGUCGAUGUCCCGUCCCGCCGCACCGUGUACCCGCAGCCGCCGCAGCCGUCUGAGACUGUCUAAGGGUGCUAUGCUGUGAUCUGAGUCGUCCAGGUCAAAACUCGCACAACGAAGGCGGUUCAGUGUCUGGCCGUGACACUUAUAGAGUAGAGUAGCACUCUUUCAUUGUACCGUUUCACCAUGUCCGCUUCGUUGUACACCCGUCGUUUCAUGUAGUUCUUUGUUCUCG